CUGGUAUAUUGCUUACUGAUCAACAGCGAGCCUACUAAAUAUGAUGGGACAAUCCUAAGUCAUGAGAUGCAUCGCAUUUAUUAGACCGAUAAUGCGCUGUGAUUAGUUAACUUUACGUAAAGGGUGAACGGGUACACGCGGGUGACCAAAGUAACGACGAUCUCAGGCGGAACAAGUUGAUUCUGCGUGUGGUUUUACAGUAGGUCAGCGACUUAUCGCAUGCUACCUCACUUCCGGUGGCCGGUUUGAUCUGUCGUCCACCUGCGCAGUGAUGGGCACAGUAACCAGAAGAGCUCCUGGGGUUGAUCGAAUGGAUAUAAACCGGCGGGCGAUUCUCGUCCCCUGUUCCGUCUUCAUACUUUUCUAGCAGGCUUCAAGCAGUCUUCUAUCUAAAGAACCUCAUCCUUCGCUCUCCUAUAAUUAUGGCCAAGCAGUCCAGUUUCGUUGUUUGCCUGUUGGCAGCUUUCCUGGCCUUUGCGCCCACAGUCCUCGCCGUCAUCGACAAAUGGACCCCCGAAGGGUUUGACUGGAGCGCCCACGACGCAGGCCAUCCAGACACUUGGAACGGGUUAUACCACAACCUCAGCGACCCCUCUGUUGCAGUCAGUAAGGCGGUCAUGACGAUAGGCCAGGUGCGCACAGCCGAGGACGGCACGGUGGUCCUUGCCAUCCCGUUCUUUCUCGGAGUGGCAUACCAGGUAUUCAAUCUCGCGCUGACAGGCGUCGGUCUUGCCGGCGCGAUCCAAGGCUGCGUUCAGAACGAAGGAAAGCCGGAGAAUAUCCUUUACUGUGUUGGGGGUAUACUCAGCACCAUCGUUGGUGUUGGCGGCAUCGCCUCGGCGGCCAAGAAGCUCGCCCAGUCCCGUGGCUUUCUCGGGGUUGCCGCCAAUGCUUGGGACCAAUCUGGCCUUGAGAACAUUGCGCUCAACGUGUUCCAGAAGCGAGGCAUCGAGGGUCGCGAGGAGACGGCGCAGAAGGCGCACAACUACUUCAUACACCGGGCGUUGAGCAACCUUGCGGCUGGGGAAGUUGAAUUCGUGGGCUACGCGCCUGAUAACCAUCGACUGGCUCUGCGGGACUCGAUGGAGCACCCUUUUGCGCCUAUGUUCCGGUUCGAGCACAAGAGGUACGGCAAAAUGGAACUCACGUCUCGCGACACGGGGGGCAAGGGAAUUGCCUUCACGGUUUCGUAUGCGGGCCACCCAACUCACCUGGCGACCAUGGAGAAGCGCGACGAGUACUACCAGCACGAACGACUAUCAUCCUCACUGAUGGAGGGCCGAUUCGACAGCAGCGCAUCCCUUGCAGAUCCGGCCGACAUCGAGUUUGACGGCGCUGGGGCAUUCAACCAGAUUGAAACUGCGAUAGAGUGCGGCUUGGGCGACAGCUGGCCCGAUGGCAAUGUCAUGUCGGUGCAGAUGUAUGACCAGGCGAAUGAGGCGACGUUUGGCUUUGCGUCGAUCGGCUUGUUUGCUGACAACAGUGUCGACUCUGGCCUGGAGGACUUUGAGCCGACGGGAUUGCCGCUGACGAAUUGCAACUGAGGGCCGUGAAGCACUGGUCCAUUCAGAUGCUGGGGCUGCAAGCGAUCAAGACGAUGCAGCGUAGGCCAUUGCUUUGAGGUCAAGCAGAUGCAAUAGCGAUGAUUUACGGAACAGGUGGGUUUUUGUGUGGGUUGUGUCAAUCUGGCGGAAGGAGCGGCUGAGGUUGUUAACGAGUAACAAGACUGGGGUAGGUGGGGUGGUGGUGUGGAGGGGGUGGGUUGGAAGAUGGAGGAUCACUUCCCACUGCAGAUCAGUCUUGGCGCUCGGCAUUCUCUUACAUAGUAGCCAAGUAGCCUGUAGAGACACAAGUCGCGUACGACGCUGACAACGCAUUCGUUUAAUUGCAGAUGAAUACACACUCUUGGUCGCCUACUUUU